AUGGCUAUUUACGGCGACUUCAACGUAACAUGGAUCAUAUUAUUAUUAUUAUUAUUAUUAUUAUUAUUAUUAUUAUUAUUAUUAUUAUUAUUAUUAUUAUUAUUAUUAUUAUUAUUAUUAAUAUUAUUAUUAUUAUUAUUAUUAUUAUUAUUAUUAUUAUUAUUAUUAUUAUUAUUAUUAUUAUUAUUAUUAUUAUUAUUAUUAUUAUUAUUAUUAUUAUUAUUAUUAUUAUUAUUAUUAUUAUUAUUAUUAUUAUUAUUAUUAUUAUUAUUAUUAUUAUUAUUAUUAUUAUUAUUAUUAUUAUUAUUAUUAUUAUUAUUAUUAUUAUAUAUUAUUAUUAUAUUAUAUUAUAUUACUAUUAUUAUUAUUAUUAUUAUUAUUAUUAUUAUAUUAUUAUUAUUAUUAUUAUUAUUAUUAUUAUUAUUAUUAUUAUUAUUAUUAUUAUUAUUAUUAUUAUUAUUAUUAUUAUUAUUAUUAUUAUUAUUAUUAUUAUUAUUAUUAUUAUUAUUAUUAUUAUUAUUAUUAUUAUUAUUAUUAUUAUUAUUAUUAUUAUUAUUAUUAUUAUUAUUAUUAUUAUUAUUAUUAUUAUUAUUAUUAUUAUUAUUAUUAUUAUUAUUAUUAUUAUUAUUAUUAUUAUUAUUAUUAUUAUUAUUAUUAUUAUUAUUAUUAUUAUUAUUAUUAUUAUUAUUAUUAUUAUUAUUAUUAUUAUUAUUAUUACGAUAUCGCGACCAUUCUUAG